UAUUAAAAAAUUUUUAUUGAAAAUACAAAGUAAGUUAAAAAAAAAGGUAUAUAAUAAAGAUAAAAGGAUUUCAUGUGAGUUGAAUUGAAAAGUGUACUUUAAAUCCAGUUAUGUCUUAUGAGUAAAGUUUUAUCAAGUGUAACAGUGGUUAGUGUCAACUGACAAUGAGUACAAAGAUUUUGAUGAUAUUACUUCUUUCGUUGGUGUAUUUAAAAUUUAAUAGAUUACAAAGUGUGAUAGUGUUCAGUUUAAUCAUGAGUCACGAAUUUGUAAACCAACAAAAAUUAAAAAACGUACAAAAUCUAGACUACUGAGUGGCAAUGAAAAUAAUUAUUAAUAAACGAGUAAAAGAUGGACAAACAAACACGACAAACCCGAGGGUGGGGCUAGAAAAUAUUUAUAAUCUUUGAGCAGUCAUGUGGCGUAAAGAGGUCCUGAUGUGCUGUUGGUGUCUCGCUCUGGUGUCGUCGUCGUCGUCGUCAUCGUUAUCCCAAUCUCAUACAGAUUUAUCAACAAAGGAGGUAGUAGUUGAAAUAUCAGUAUCAACUAUUACAUCAACUCCUUCAACUCAAUCUACUCCAUCAACUAAACCUUUAAAAACAACAAAAGCAACAACUGUAAAACGAUCGAUGCCAACAGACUCACCAAUGUUGAACUACAUAUUUGAUAUUCACAGCACGCUAAAUAAACAUCAGCAUCACCGAGAUAAUCGUUGGGGUCCUCACUUUGAGGGUGAAAGCCAGAAUGUAACUGCUCAAGCUGGUGCAACGGUCAUUUUAGACUGCAAAAUAUCUCUACUCCAAGGCAAAACUGUUUCAUGGAUAAAGAGACACGAUGACGGUGAAAAGAUGACACUAUUGACAUAUGGUCAACAAACGUAUACUGGUGACAACCGUUACUCUGUUGAGUUUCAGUAUCCAGACAACUGGCGAUUAAAAAUUUUAAAUGUCAAUAGUAGUGACGAAGGCCAAUACGAGUGUCAAAUAAGCACUCAUCCACCAAUGACCAUUUAUAUCAAUCUACAUAUUAAUGCACCUUCAGUCCAAAUAGUAGACGCUUUGGGUGACCAAUUGAGAGACAAAUACUAUGAGGCUGACAGUACCAUUGAAUUAUUGUGUGUUGUACGACACAUGGCAAUGCAAGUUCAGUACAGCGUGGUACAAUGGCUCCAUGGGAACCGUAUCUUAAAUUACGACACUACCAGAGGUGGUAUUAGUGUAAAAACAGAUUUGAUGGACGUUGGAGCAAAUUCAACUCUGAGUAUAGCCAAAGUGGGACCAGCCGACAGCGGUAAUUAUACCUGUGUAUUAACUACAAUGCCCGAUCAACCAGCAACUGUUCAUGUUCACGUACUUAACGGAGAAAGUCUAGCUGAAUUGCAUCAUGGUGCAGCUAAUAUAAUAACAAACAACAUUGUUCAUAUUAUUAUUUUACUUUUGUUUAUUUUUAUUAAUAAAUGUCUGAUUAUACUGAGAUGAAGAAAAAGAAAAUCUUUAAAAAUAAUUAUUACAACAACAACAUUAAUAAAACAUUAUUAUUGCUAUUAAUAUUAAUAUAUUAUUUAUAUUUAUAAAAAUGGUUGGCAUGAAAAAUGCUGAUGCAAUAAUAAUACUAAAGUGUGUCAGUGUGAUGACAACAAUAGUGUAAAAUAUUGUUGGUGUUUCUUUUGUUUUUUAUUUUAUUAUAAAAAUGCUCGAGUGU